AUGCGACUUCGACUCAUGAGCCCUUCCUCCCUCUGGGCCCUCUUCCUCCUUGGGCCCCUCGGCCUAUCUGCCGGACAUGGCUCCACCGGCGCCUCACUAGGUGCUUCCACCGGACUCUGCGAGGCCAGGACAAUCAACUACAUUACCCACACUCUUCCACAGCUCUGUCUGCCAACAGCGUGGUCUGCAUCGCAACCUACGGCCUCGAGCAAUGCUUCCUCAGCCACUGUAACAUCUUCGCCCGGCUCUACGACUGAGGCCCCAGCGGCGACACAGAGUGUGCAUCGGGAAGAAACUUCACCGGGGAAUAGCACCCAGCCCGACGCAUCGACCGAUCAGAAUGCCAAGCAGGAAAAGCGAGGCACACAUGGCGAGGACACAACAGCUAAGCAGGCGGAGGAAGAUGCCGAGGAUCUUGCCACGGGGUCGUUCAUGUCCUUUGAUGAGUGGAAAGCUAUGAUGCUGAAGAAGUCGGGUCAAGACCUAGCCGAUCUGAAAGACAGGAAGCGCCGCGAGGCCCGAGAGGCUGAUCCCAGCGUGGGCGGUGGUCUCGAUGGCUGGGGUGAGGACGGCGAGAUCUCGCUGGACUUUGACGUUUUGUCGGACAAGAUUUCCGAGAUGACGGCCACUGCUAGUUCCAGGAGCGGCACUGUCUCCACUGACGCGCCAAGUGCAGACGUGAAGGACACGACUGUGUAUGACGAUGGCGUCGCCCAUUAUCGUCGUCCGAAGGACGCUGGAAAGACAUGCAAAGAAAGAUUUUCGUAUUCGUCAUUUGAUGGUGGCGCAACGGUUCUGAAGACCAGCCCUGGUGCCCAAAACGCCAAGGCGAUCCUCGUUGAAAACAAGGAUUCCUAUAUGCUGUUCACAUGCUCUCAGGAGAACAAGUUCGUUAUUGUCGAGCUCAGCGAGGACAUUCUCGUGGACACCAUCGUUUUGGCAAACUUUGAGUUCUUCUCCAGCAUGAUACGUACUUUCCGCGUUAGCGUGAGCGACAAGUACCCAGUCAAGAUGGAAAAAUGGAAGGAUCUGGGGACCUUUCAGGCGAGGAACUCGAGAGAUAUACAAUCAUUUCUGGUUGAGAAUCCCAAGAUAUGGGCAAAGUACAUGCGGAUCGAACUGUUGUCACAUUACGGUAACGAAUAUUACUGCCCUGUUUCUUUGCUCCGUGUUCACGGAACUCGGAUGUUGGAUUCCUGGAAGGAUGGCGAGGCAGGCCUUGAAGACGAAGAACCAGCCGAGACGAUCAGUGGUCCCGAGGCGGUCCCAGAGGAGGAGUCCGUUCACCAAAAUCCCCCCGAGGCAGAGCCUGAGUCGACCCUUGCGGCAGAAACUCCAGCUCCUGCUGCAAUCAACGAAUCGUCUCUUGAGCACCAACUCUCUCCAUGGUAUCCUCCUCUGUUCAAUGAUUAUUCAUACGAUACAUGUGGCAUUGGCACACCUACAACAACACAGACGGUUGAUGUUUCUCCAUCAGCUUUACCUAACAACAGCAUCUCUUCUUCCUCUCGGUCUGCCCCGAGCACCAUGGAUGCUGGGGCUUCUGUGACGGCCGGGGAUUCCACCGUCGCUUCUACGGUUGCCUCUUCGUCUUCACUGAGUUCCUCAACAUCAGCCAAUAUCCCCUCUAAUACAUCCACAUCAUCCAUUUCCCGUGCUUCAACAUCCAAUAGAGUUGACACCGCGGCCAACACAACACAAACCGUUCAAAAAAUAGUACAAGCAUCUGGUCUUAGAUCAUCCAUGACCCCGCCGAAACCAUCAGCUUCGUCUUCGACACAACAGUCGCCGUCUUCCAAAUCGUCUACGAAGCAGUCUGCCGUUGGUCACUCCUCUCCGCAGUCCUCGAGAACCAGCUCCCAAAACAAGAACUCUACCGGCACUUCAUCUACCGCACCCGCAUCACCCACGGUCCAAGAGUCAUUCUUCAAAUCUGUUUCCAAGCGACUUCAAUUCCUCGAGUCUAAUACCACUCUUUCGCUCCAAUACAUCGAGGAACAGUCCAAGUUUCUCCAGGAGGCUCUAAAGAAGAUGGAACGCAAGCAGAUCUCACGCGUGGAUUCUUUCCUCGAUAAUCUCAACAGUACAGUCUUCUCGGAACUGCGCAGAGUCCGCGAAGACUAUGACCAGAUCUGGCAGUCAACGGUGAUUGCAUUGGAGACACAACGCGAACAGUCGCAGCGCGACAUUAUCGCACUCAGGGAUGAGGUCAUUUUUCAGAAGCGUAUGGCCAUAUUCCAGUCAGUACUGCUGCUUUGCUGUCUCGUCCUGGUCGUGUUCAGCCGAGGCGUCUUCGGUGGCGGUGGCAGUGGCCUGAGCGCCGACCAGUGGCCCAUCACAUCCACAUCGCAGUUUAUCAACUCGUACCUCGGCUCACCGCGCUGGCCUCCCGGCUCGCCACAAUCCCUCAGUCGCUCGAAUACGCCGGAUCGAAAUGCCAACCUGGGUACUCUCCACCCAGCAGGCGCGCAAGCUCCGGUACCCCGACAGGGACUCGCACGCCAUAGGGUGUCAUACACGGACAAGGUGCUGCCGCUGACACCCACGUCCGAGGAGUUCGAUAGCAACGACAACGGCACGCCUCCACCACGGCUCUCACGUCCACAAACAGCCCCAAAGAUCCGAAUUAACGAACUCACGCCGGACGAUGAGUUUUUCGAGCAUGACGGGCAUAACCAAGGGUCCGACGAGACCAAUAAUACAACACCACAGGCCUUGGAGCCUGUACGGGGAGACCCGAUGUCAACGGUGGCCAUCGAGGUCGGCGAAGAUGAGGAGGGGGACGACGAGGACGAGUUCUCGGAUAGCGCCUCCGCGCCCUAUCUCGACUCGAGGGAGACGACAAUUGAGCUGGAGGAUGUGCGACGAAUAGAUGACUCUGACGGCGUUGAUGAUACCAUAGGACCAAGCAAACCACCUCUGACACGAUCACCACUGUCGGAUCUGGGCACAACGUCCUCACGAAAACCUCUACCGGCCCUCCCGGAGCAAGGGCCAGGAUGA